AUGGGUCAUUCUUCUAUAUUCUUCAUCUGCACUCUUCUUCUUCUUCAUCUUCUUCUUCUUCUUCUAUUUUCUCCAUCAACUUGUGCCUCUGCAUCCGAUGAUGUGGUGCUGCACGCGAAGAAGCUCAUCAGCGACCUCAAUCUGUUCCCCGACGACGACGUCAACGUCGUUCCCGUCGCUAAUUCCUCUCUCCAACCCGGGAAGAUCGUUGAGAAGCGCCUCAGGUUCCCGAACCUUGUAGCUUCGGAUUCCGAGCCUUCGGUUGAGGAUUUGGGUCACCACGCUGGGUAUUACCGCAUUGAGCAUUCACAUGCCGCAAGGAUGUUCUACUUCUUUUUCGAAUCACGCAACAGGAAGGAGAGUCCUGUCGUUAUUUGGUUGACAGGGGGGCCUGGGUGUAGCAGUGAAUUGGCUUUGUUUUAUGAAAAUGGCCCUUUCAAAAUUGCUGACGACUUGUCUCUUGUGUGGAACGAGUAUGGUUGGGACAAGGUAUCAAACCUUUUAUAUGUUGACCAACCAACUGGAACUGGCUUUAGCUACAGUACUGAUUUGCGCGACAUUCGUCAUAAUGAAGAUGGUGUCAGCAAUGACCUGUAUGACUUUAUUCAGGCCUUCUUUGCAAAGCAUCCCCAAUAUGCAAAGAAUGACUUCUUCAUUACAGGUGAAUCAUAUGCUGGACACUAUAUUCCCGCUUUUGCAACACGGAUCCAUCGGGGAAACAAAGCUAAAGAAGGAAUUCACAUAAACCUGAAGGGAUUUGCCAUUGGUAAUGGACUUACUAACCCUGCAAUUCAGUAUAAAGCCUACCCAGAUUAUGCAUUGGAAAUGGGCAUCAUUAAGAAGGCUACACGAAACCGCCUUAACAACCUACUGGUUCCAGCCUGUGAAUUGGCGAUAAAGCUAUGUGGAACUAAUGGAAAAACUUCCUGUGUGGCUGCAUAUGUAGCUUGUAAUCUCAUAUUCAGUGACAUCAUGUUACAUGCCGGAGAUACAAAUGUGGGUAAACAAAUUUUUCUUGUGUGGUUGACAUGUCAACUGACUUUAUCACGUUUAGUUAAAUUGAUUUAUUUCCCUAACUACUAG